AUGAUCAUUCUCACAUCUACAAAGGGCGAUAACGUCACGGUGUUUGUUCAUAAAGAGCUACUAUGCUUCUUCUCUACUUACUAUGCCGCCGCUCCCAAUGGAAACUCCUCGGAGACACACAAGGCAUAUCCCAAAGUUGAUCUGCAUGGCAAGGAGCUGGAAUCAUUCGUAGCCUGGCUCUAUACCGGCGAAAUUCUUGAACAUGAUGACGCUACAUUUUGCGCUCUAGACCUCUAUCUGUUCGCCGAUCUGGUCGACAUCAUGGCCCUUCAUCGUGCGGCCAUCAGUCACGUCAUGAAGCACGUUGGUGACAAGCCAGACGUUGCUCUCGAGUUGAGCUACCGCGACGCAACAUAUAUGCUCGAGCAUACUGCAGAAUCUUCGCCCCUUCAGAAAUGA